AUGCUAAUUUCAUCUUUGUCGUCUGGCUUUUCUCUUGUCUUUCUUUCUUCUCCUCUACCCUUUCUUGUCUAUUUAUUCUUUUCUCUUGUCUUUCUUUCAUCCUUUUCUUCUUAUUGUUUCUUUCGUUUUUAUUUCUUUUUAUUCCAUUCAGUCUCUUCUUGUCUUUUCCCUUUGCGAUUUAUUUUCAUUUUUGUUUCUUUUUCUUGUCGUUUCCAUCAUGUCUUUACGUCUUUUUCUUCUUUUCACGCCAUUCCUGUUUUAUCAUCUUUUUCUUCUUUCCUCGCCGUUCCAGUUUUUUUUUUCUUUUCUUUCUUACGAUAUAAUUUCCUUUCUUUCUUUCUUUCUUUUUUUUUUUUUUUUUUGGAGAUGGAGGUGCUUCUUUUCUUUCUUGUCUUUACUUCUUUUUUUAUUCUUUCCACUCCGUUCUUUUUUUUUUAUUUCUUCUGUUCUUUCUUUUGUUCUUUUUCUUCUUAUCGUUUCUUUCUUGCCUUUUUAUCUUUUUUUCUGACUUGUGACUUCAUUUUUUCUUUUCUUUUUUUCCAUCUUUCAUGUCUUUGUUUUGUUCUUACGACUUUCUUCUUUUUCGAUUCCUUUUUGUCUUUAUUUCUUUUUAUUAUUUUCGAUCUGUUCUUGUCUUUUUCUUUCAUUUCUUUUUUUCUUCUGUUUCUUUCUUGCUUCUUGUCUUUUUAUCUUUUUCUUCUUGUGACUUCUUUUCGUUUUUUUCAUUUUCUCCUAUUUUUAGGUCUUUACUAUUCUUCUACUCCUUUCCGCGCAGUUCUUGAUUUUUUUUUCUUCUUUUUCUUCUUGCUACAUCAUUUCUUUUUCUUUUUUUUUUUUUGCUUCUUUCUUGCUUUUAUUUCUUUUUUAUUCUUUUUUCUCCUCUUGUCGUUUUCUUUCUUUCCUCUUUAUCUUCUUAUCGCUUCUUUCUUGUCUUUUUUUUCUUUUACUUCUCAUGACUUCUUUUCUUUUUUUUUCUUUUUCUUUUUUCUUCUUUCGUGUUUUCCAUUUUCUUUUAUUCUAACAGCACCUUUCAUGUCUUUUCUUCUUUUUUUCUUCUUUUUCAUCUUAUCUCUUCCUUUUUAUCUUAACUUCUUUUUAUUCUUUUCCAUCCACUCUUGCCUUUUCUUCUUCCUUUUCCACUUGAGACUUCUUUUCUAUUGUCUUCUUUUUUCAUUUUCUCACUUCUUUCUUUUCUUUUGUUCUUUUUUUUAUUCUUUUCCUUCUUUUUUGUGA